GCGGCGCGGCGGGGGCGGCGCGCGAGUGGAGCCGAGCCCGAGCCCGAGCCCGAGCCCGAGCCCGAGCCCGAGCCCGAGCCCGAGGAGCGGCGGCGGCCGUUCGUGAGGGGAAGGGCGGCCGGAGCGCAGGAAUGGAGGGGGAAAAACUGAUCUCUGCAACAGACACGCAGUAUUCUAGCGCGCUCCUUCAGUCUUUGAACGAACAACGUGGCCACGGACUUUUUUGUGAUGUUACUGUCAUUGUGGAGGACCGGAAAUUUCGAGCUCACAGAAACAUUCUUUCUGCCUCAAGCACAUACUUUCACCAGCUUUUCUCAGUGGCAGGGCAAGUGGUUGAACUGAGCUUUGUAAGAGCUGAAAUCUUUGCGGAAAUACUUAACUAUAUGUAUAGUUCCAAAAUAAUCUCUGUCCGAUCUGACUUACUUGACGAAUUGAUUAAAUCAGGGCAACUGUUGGGUGUUAAAUUCAUAGCCGAUCUGUGCGUAACACCUUCUGAAGGAAAAAGCACGUCAAACGAGGUCAAAGAUGCUGCUUCAGAAACUUCAACUUCUAGCCCCACUCAAAAGGAUGCUGAAACACAAGUACCUGCAAUCAGGCAAGAGGGUGGGGAUGUAUUGGGGGGGAUGCCGGUUAUAACUGAAUCGUUCUCCUUGCAUGGCAUAUCAUAUGAGACUGCAAAAAUAACAGUGAGCGACUCAGAUGAUGACGAUGAUGUCAUUUUUUGCUCUGAGAUCAUUCCCCCAAAAGAAUGUACUAAAGAUACAAGUGCUGCAACCCACAACCAACCUUGCCCAAAUGCAGAUGGAGUUUCUGACCAAAAAUCAUGCAGCAGUGGUGGCUCCCCACUAUUGACUAGCCCCACAGCAACUCAAAAACUCUCUUCCUCUGUUAACCAGCUGCAUCCAAACCAAACACAAUCAAGUGCGGAAUCCCUCGUCUCUGGGACACCGCAGCAUUUGACACCUGAGAUUAUUUUGCUAAAUCGGCCUCCAGUUAACGCAUCACCCAGUGUCAGCACCUCAAAUCAAACACAUGUGACCCCUACAAUUAAUUUGGUUGAGGAGAACCAGAAGUCAUCUAACAACAGUUCCUCAGCUGAAACAGAAACGACUGCUGUUGAUGAUGGAGAAGAGGUGGUUGAAGAUGACGACGAUGUCAUGAGCUCCUCUAGUCCUGGUUCAGUCAGCAAUAGUUCUUUGGUUCAGCAGCCUGCUGCGUCCAAGGCCGCAGCCUCUGAAGGAUCAGGUGUACAGAAAAAACAGGUUGUUACGUUUUCACAAGAGCCAUCUUCUAAGCCUGGAGAAUUUAAAAUAAAAAUCUCAGAUGUCCUUACUGGAAACAACAGGGAAUUCAGUGCAGGCAUUGCACCAAAACAUGUGGCAGAAGGGCAGAAAAUCAUAACGUUAGAUACAGCCACUGAAAUAGAAGGCUUAUCCACAGGCUGUAAGGUCUAUGCAAACAUUGGUGAGGACACCUAUGACAUAGUCAUUCCCGUAAAGGAUGAUCCCGAGGAAGGAGAAGCCAAGCGUGACGAAACGCCCAAAACAUCUGGUGAUGAUUCUCCAGGCAGGAAACGCAUGAAAGUUAAGCACGAUGACCACUACGAGCUGAUAGUGGACGGAAGGGUCUACUACAUCUGCAUUGUAUGUAAGAGAUCGUAUGUGUGUCUGACGAGUUUACGGAGACAUUUUAACGUUCAUUCCUGGGAGAAGAAGUAUCCGUGCCGAUACUGUGACAAGGUUUUCCCUCUCGCAGAAUACCGUACAAAGCACGAAAUCCACCAUACCGGCGAACGGAGGUACCAGUGCUUGACGUGUGGCAAGUCUUUCAUCAACUACCAAAUCAUGGCCUCGCACGUAAGAUCGGUCCAUAGCCAAGACCCUUCUGGAGACACCAAGCUUUACCGAUUGCACCCUUGCAGGUCGUUGCAGAUCAGACAGUACGCGUACAUUACUGAUCGUUCAAGCAGUAUACCGGUAUUAAAUGAGAAUGGAAUUGUUUAUCGUGUUGACACAGGAAAGGAGAGCACCGAAGGAACAACAUCGAAUCCUCCAGCCAAACAAAUGACCUGGGAUGAUAUUUUCAUUCCGCAGGGAAACGAAGCAAUUUUUAAACAAAAUCAAUCAGAGGGUAGCACUGAAUUUGAGUUUGUAAUACCAGAAUCUUACUGAAAUGCAUUAAAUGCUGAAAAAGGGCUUCAGUGCGGAAACACUGCAGCUGUUUUAAAUGAACUGUUAAAAUAAUUGCAGAACAAAUUGUUAAAGUGAAAACAAGUUAACUUGUUCUACCAAGUCAUCAAAUGGUAGUACUUAGAUGGAUCGUUAGUAGCUGCAAGCAAUUUGUGGAAGCAAUUCAUCUGAAAGUUUACUUGAAUACAGAUUAAGACAUUUCCAAGGAGCUAGCAGUGUUUGCUAGUAUGUUAAUUUUGAUCAAACCGUGGGGAUUCGUAACUUGAAAAAGGUACAGUUUAUUCUAAAGAACUAGAGAUCUAAAGUCAUUUGUAAAGUAAUCGAUGUAUUUCCUGUACCCACACUUCUUACGUAAACCCUUUCUUUCAUGGUAGCACUUUAAUGCUGAACUGUGUUUAAACAUUAAUCAAGAAAACAGUAAAAAUAUUCAUCAUAGUCUCUUGAAUGUGGAACCAUUUAAAAAAUUAAUCCCACAACUCAUUUUAUUUUUCUGAGCAAUGCAUUACUGCAAGGGUCCAGAGUUUGGAGUAGUGUAUUUUUGAACUAGCAUCUUCAUUUUGCUUUUAUAAGCAAUAUGAAUCAUCUGUCUUCAUGCAAAUAUUCUUGCCAACAAGUUAGCCAGUCUGGGCUAACUUGAACAAACUUUAUAUUUGUGUUUGGCAGUAUGGUGAGCAGAGUAUUCAGUGUCUGGACCAUUAUAAUUUACUCUUUUUGUAACAGGGAAAAAAGUCAGUGAUCCGUAGCGAGGAAACUUGGAAUGCUUAGGAAGAUAAUUUUGCCCUUUCAAAUCUUGAGGAAUAUUGUUAGGUUUUCUUAUUACAGAAGAUACCAGUAGUUUGGAAUAAAGUGCUGUUUAAGUAAUCCUUAUGAUACUUUUUUUUUUUUUGCUAGCUGAAGGCUUUGAAAUUUGCUUAAAACUGAGAAAUAACCCAAGUGCCGUGUCAGCUUAGCACUGAGACUGCUGAGGAUCUUGUAUGUCUAUUUGGCUAGAUUUUUAAGUGAAACAGGAAUUUCUUUUUUUUUUUUUUUUCUCCUCCCAUUUAUAGAAGGAGUGUAACCAUGUAAUAAUGAUGAACCAACAAUCAAAAACUACCCCUCAUCCCUCAUAGUCCACAGUAUAAUUCCUCUACAGCUGCCUAGUUGUCAUCUGUUUUCAGUUUCAGGUUUAUUAUAUUGCCCCUUUUUUUCUCCGUGCAAUUGGUACAUUUUUAGACUCAGGAGAUGAUCCAAGAAGUCCAACCUGAACAGGAAACAGUAGAUCUGAGAAAAAAAACUGUUACCAUAGUUUAGCACGUCAGAUUUAGUGACUUCUUGAAUUUCUGUAAAUGGUAAUAUGAAAACUGCACAGAAAUUCUAGCGAUGACUGACUGAGCGAGAUCAUUGUGCAUAGCGCUAGUUAGUUAUUGUAAUUGCUUAAAUUACAGCUAAAAGUUUUUCUUCUCCUGUUUCAAGUAAGCAUCUUGGUCCUACGACCUUCAAAGAUUUUAGGCAUCCGGUAUUCCUGACAGAAAGAUACUUAACUGGUAAAUGGUUCAAAUACAACUGGAGCUAUAAAAAAGGGUAGCAGAAAUACAUAACGAUGGGAGAAAGAGGAGAAUGUUUACUUUCUACGUGUAAUACUCAGCACUUCUGUUUUGUAGGCCAAAAAUUAUAUACAUGGUUAUUUCCCAGAUCAUGUUGCAAACGGCUUUGAGUAUAAUGGGAUACACUUUCAAAUGUUACAGGUUGGAUGUAGUCUGAGAUGGCAUUGCAGCAGCCACAUGUAAUCCUCAGCAGGAGUAAGUAUUGAUUGCCUGACGUAGCUGGCUGCAUGCUGUGUAGAAAUUUCAUGAACUUUUGGUCAUAAAAAAUGUGACGGUUCUAUAGUUGACAUGACACAUAGAGAAUUAAGGAUACACUGCAAAGUGUGCAUUCAGUAAUAACAAAAAUAAUGGCUAUCAAUAUUUGCUGCUGAUAUAUUUAAACCUUAAAUUAAACUGUGCCUACUAAAGGUCUCUCUUUGGAGGAAAACUGGAAAAUUAGGGCUUUGUAACUGUAUUUUUGCUAGAAGACUCGUGCUUGCAUGUGUCUCAGGGUCUUCAGUUUUCCUCGGAAGUGAUUUUUGAUAUCCAAAGUCCAGAGGUCACAUAAAGCAUUUUUUAAUUUUACUUCCAAUAUUUAUUGAUUUGGAAACAUGUUAGAUCCUCUUUAAACUUUAUGGGGCCAUGAGCUUUUAUAUUUAGAUUUCUGGCUAUUGCACUUAUAUUUGUUUGUUUGUUUUUAAACAUUUAUCUUCCACUUUAACUUAAUGAAAAAACUUAUGUAAAUAUUAAGAAAUUGGCUUUGGGGUAAUUGGGGUAAUGAGUGAAAAAGUUGGAAUCUGAAAAAGCAUUUGUAUAAAAAUUAACAAUUUCAACAGAGUGCUAGCAAACCUCACAGUCAUUUAUACACAUAUAAAAACAUUAACGGAUCUGCUGCAAAAUGUAAUGUUGGUGGUUGCAUCCUCAUUGUAUGGUUUCUUUGGAGAUUCAUCCCAUAGCAUUCCAGUAUAUGAAUAAAAUAAAAAACAAGAAAAAAAAUCACCUGCUUAUUUAUUUUGUACUGUUAAGGCACGCAGCUUAUAAAAAGAUGCAGAAGCUGACAACUAUAUACAUUGAACAUUUGAGUUCUACACCUGUUACCUAUGAACUGUUCCAAGUGAAAAAUCACUAAUUUUUGCUAGAUCUGUAAUGUAUAUACUUGUAUAGUCUUUCUUUAACAUACUUUUUAAAGUUGUGUUCUACUUUUCAUUAAUCAAUACUUGAUAUUAGUUCUUAGAGCUUUCUAUGGCAAAAAAUAAAAAGUUUAAUUACAGAGAUGUGUAGCAUGUUUCUUUUCGAUCACAAAUCAGCUUCUGCAAUCUAACGUGUUCGAUGGCUAAUAGUUUGUAACAUUCUUCUCCAGGUCUAUGAGAAUAGC